AUGCCUGUGAUAUUAUUUGGCUUUCUCCUGUUGUCCCUUCUGCUAUUUGAUUUUUCUGACACACUAAAGUUAAGGAGGAGCACAGAUCGCAUAAUCCACGUGUCUGAGAAAGGGGGCUUCUUGCCAAACCCGUGGUUACUGAGCCAUAGUACGAAUUCAAGGCAUCUCUUUAUUCAGAACAAAAAUGGAUUCGAGGGGAGACUCAAAUGUGGUAGGAAGAACCCGGGUGCGAAGCGAAGGAAGGAGGAACUAUUCCUCAGUAGAGACGAAUCGGGUUUUGCAAAAAAUGAAAUGAAGAUAGAGAAUUUUAGGAGCCCCAGUGGGAAUGAAUUCCUAUGUACCAAACUCAUGAUGAAUGAUGAAGAGAAAAGGUUCAUCGUAGAUCUCUGCAGUGACAACAGUUUUUUGUUUUUACGAGGGGAGGAUUCCCUAUUUAAAAGUAAUCGUAGUAAUGGUGGAAAAUUGGAUGAGGCGGAGAGGAGACCCCCUCAUCUAUCCUUUGGACAAGAGGAUAUCCAAAAUGUGCACGAGAAGCUUUACCUGAACAAUACUAAAGUUGAUGUAGAAAGAGUGGUGAAGGCAAAGGAAAGUAGGGACAAGAAAGUUUUUCAAUUCUACUUAAUGGAAGACAAAGAGAUGGACAAAAAUUUAGAUGGAAUCAUUGGUUUUGAUUUUUUUUCGAAAUUUGAUUCAUUCCUGUUUGAUACCAUCCAUAUGAAGAUAGAGCUAGGUGGAGAUGCUACGUCCAGUCUGCCACAGGAACAGUGUGCAACCACCCCCCAUGAGCAUUAUCACGAGGUAGAACUGAACAAGUACAGUAAUCACAUAAAAUAUUUCAACGUAGAUGUGAAUAAUCAGAUGUAUAAAGGUCUUCUAGAUUCGGGAACUCCAAAAACCUUGUUCAUUAACAGUAGCGUGAAAUUGGAAAAGGAGGACGAACGUUCUGAUAGCAUCCUUGUUGAAAAUAUACUAAAUCAAAGAUUCAAUGUGAAGAAGUUAAAAAAGUUUAAUCGUUUUGUUAUUUUGUCGAAGGAAGGCGAUCUAGGAAUGCCUGUUCAAAUGAAGGAAUUAUAUGCAAAUGAAAAUGGCUUUCCAUAUAUGGAUUCCAAUGUGGUUCUUUUAGGCUUAGACUUUUUACUAAACCGCAAGUUCCUCUUCGACUUAAAGAAUGCCAAGCUCUACAUCUACUGUGAAGCGACUGAGUGUUCAUCUCACAACAUGAAUAAGAGUAAUUCCAUUGGAGGUUCUGCUACCAAUCGGUCAAAGGACUCCAUCAUUGAUCAAGUGAAGGUGGACCAAAAAUGCACCCAGAUAUAUGAGAAACUAAAAACUAAGGAGCUAAGCUUCCUGAAUAUAACAAACGAAUUAGAAAAGGAUGAUAUAGAUUUAGAGGAUUGUAAAACCACUAACGAUGUGAUUAGGAGGUAUGCCAUAAAGGUUCUCUAUGGGAAGGAACAACUACCAAGGAAAGAUCCAACACGGAAGGAUCCCGAGUUUGAGCAAAGGUAUAAGGAGAUGACUAAUUUCUUUAAGAAAUUAUCUGCAGAGGAGAAACAGAACAUGCUAAAUAAGAUGGUUCAGACUUUGCGAAGCGAUUACAAAGAGAGCGAUUGGGGGAACACUUCAAUAGGAGGAAGUAAUCAAACGAAUGAGCAAUACCCCUCGCGUAAUAAUCACGAAUAUGAACGGGCAUCCGAAAUAAUAGAAAAGUACGUAACGCAUGAAAUUGAGAAGAAGAAAUAUUCUUUGCACCGAUUCAAGUCUUGCAAUGUAAAUAGAAGGAAUGAAAAAGCAGUGGAAGAGGAGUUUACACAUCUGAGUACCCUGUACAAUGCACACCCAGAGUUUAGUUUCGAGAUAUUAAAUGACUUUAAAAGGGAGCUCUCUGGAAAACGAAUCAACGUGAACACACUACAGAGUGAAAAUGAUAUAAUAAGAAAAGUGGCAGAGACACGGGUUUACAACCAGAAUGUGAAUUCGAAUAAGGAGGGUAGAAACAGGAAGAGGAAAAAUAUUAUAGUAAGGAGAUACUCAAAUGACGAUAAUAAUAUACACACACAAAUUAUUAUUAGACGGAAUGGAUUAGAUCCAGAUGACGACGAAAACGAGGACAACACAGAGGAAGGAAAGGAUGGCAAGUAUCAUCAAUAUGGCAAUCUUGAUCGGAUGGAUGACAUUUUCCCUAGCUCCCUAUUUUCAGGAAUAUUUAAAAAUUUCUUCGGGGAUAACAACCGAAGUGAACACUACCGUAGUGGGGGGGAGGAAGGCGACGGUGGGGCGGAUGAUGGAGUAGAAGAUCAUCAAGAUGGAGACUUACUCUCCGAACUGAACAACUUCUUUGGCUUUGGCAACAUGGGUGACAAUUUUUUCAGAAAAAAAAAAAAAAGCGUCAUAGGUUUCAAAACGAAGGAUUCCACGAAUGGGAAUGGCGAUGUGGAGGGGCAAGAUAAGAAGAGAGUGAAUGGUACUUCUGAUGACACUUCGAGUGACACCUCGAAUGACAUUUCAAAUGCUAUAAAGGAGGAAAAGGACACGGAUAUUAUCUACCUGCUCAACAAAGUGCAGAAGCUUAAUGAUGCCAAUUUGAAAAGCUUCAUUUUGCAGUCGCUUAAGAAUGACAAUGUGCGUAGAAUUCUCGUGGACGCACUCAAGAAGGGUUACCAGAGCGCCCACGAGGAAUGCCGCACGCAGGGCGACAACAAGGGGAUGUACCUUCUGCAGAUGUUGAAACAAACAGGCAUCUUCUGA